AUGUCCCUAUACAAGGUUGCCAUGCAUUCUCCAGUGACAUCAUCCGCCACGAUGUUGCGUUGUGCGAGCAAGCCAUUCAAUACACGAUGCGCGCAAGCAGCUCGCAGCUUUUCCUCGCUUGGUAGCACAUAUCGGUCAUCGAAGCGUGAUAUGCAGACCGCCACUGCAUACCGUCCUCAUACUCUGCCGGCCUCGUUUCCUCCCCUCUCCCGAAGUGCCGGCACUCCAGACACCUCGAUCGCUGCCGAAUUUCCGCCUAUGUCCAAUACCACGCUUAACAAGCAAGACCGGAAUGGAUCCUUCUCGAACGUGAGCCUUCGGGAACAGGAAGCUCAGAAGUCCAGACCGGCAGCAACCCCGUCGCUCACGGGCUCGAAAUCCGCAGAAAAGCCCCGAAGAAAGUUACGGGCGAGGAAGGCUGCUAUGAAGUUGACACCGAUUGCAGUAGAGCAACUACACAAGCUUCUGUCACAGCCGGAUCCUAAAUUCAUUCGCGUGGGCGUCAAGAAUCGCGGUUGUUCGGGGCUCGCUUACCACCUUGAGUAUGUGGAUAAGCCUGGCGCUUUUGACGAGGUCGUGGAGCAAGACGGUGUAAAGGUCUUGAUCGAUAGCAAGGCUCUGUUCAGCAUCAUCGGCAGCGAAAUGGACUGGCAAGAGGACAAGCUCAGCCGAAAGUUCAUCUUCCGCAAUCCUAACAUCAGCAUACAAGCGACAAUGACUUCUCCCUCAUUUCUAACCCCAGACUCUAUAUUGGACAGAGAUACCGCCGCUGAACCACUUUUCCUCACGAUUCGCUUCUCCGCAUCGAUCCCCGAUCUUCCUCUAGAUGUCCUAUCCCCGGAUGUUACCACGGCCGCUGGCCUAAAACAAUUAAUCCGAACUCGUCUUCCUCGCGAUCUCUCGUCACACCGUCUGCGUCUGAUCUAUGCUGGUCGUGGUCUUGAAGAUGCCACACCCCUCAGCGCCUCGCUCAAGCUCCCUCCUUCGCCUUCCAGGACCCCCAUCCCGCAGGAAGAUGUCGCCGCUGCGAAGGGGAAAGGGAAGGCGCCCGUCCGAGAGCAGCCUCGGCUCUAUGUCCACUGCUCGAUAGGCGACAUCGUUCUAUCCGAUGCCGAUCUCGCGGCCGAGGCUGCUAUAGCUACAACGCUGCAGCAGGAGCAGGGGCAGGAGCAGGAGCAACCAGAUGAUUUCUCUUUUUCGAAGAAAGGGAAGCAGCAUCAGCGGCAACCGUCACCGCUGCGGUCUACAACGUCUGCUCCGCGCGGUUUCGACCGCCUACUCUCGGCUGGGUUUACUCCCGCUGAGGUGUCGGCGCUGCGUUCGCAGUUCAUGGCUAUUCAGUCUGUAUCUCGGACACCGGAUACUAUGCCGACUGGGGCGGAGCUGCGCGAGCUGGAAGAUCGGUGGAUGGACGAGGGGUCGACAUCUAUGGGUGCCGGGUUGGGAGGUGGAGGGGAAGGAGCGUCCUUUGCAGAUGAUGAUGGCGGGUUCGGGGCCGGUUCCCGUGGCGCUAUGGACGAUAUGCUCUGGGGUGCUGUGAUGGGGUUUUUCUGGCCUGUGGGCUGUGCGAUGUGGCUGCGGAGAGAGGAGGGCGUCUGGAGCUGGCGGAAGGGACUCGCAGUCUUUGUGGGUGUGGUCGUCAAUGUUGCAUUUGGGGCUAUGCGGAUUAUGAACUAA